AUGAAGUUUUCCCUUCUUGCCGCCGCUGCGGCAUUCACCUCUGUCGUUUCUGCUGCGACCUCCCUCCCCGCCAUCGAGAUCCUCGGAAACAAGUUCUUCUACUCCAACAACGGUUCGCAAUUCUACGUUCGUGGUGUUGCUUACCAGAACGACGUCUCAAACACCACCUCCGCCGAUGAGACCUUUGUUGACCCAUUGGCCGACACCACCGCGUGUCAGCGUGACGUCAAGCUGAUGGAGCCAUUGGGCAUUAACAGCAUCCGUGUUUACGCCAUUAACACCUCCUUGGAUCACACUGGCUGUAUCGAGGCUUUCGCCGAUGCCGGUAUCUACAUCUUCUCUGACUUGUCUGAGCCCUCCGAGUCCAUUGAUCGCGACUCUCCCGCAUGGAACACCGAGUUGUACGACCGUUACACUUCCGUCGUUGACGCUCUCGCCAACUACACCAACGUCGCCGGUUUCUUCGCUGGUAACGAGGUCACCAACAACGCUUCCAACACUGAUGCUUCCGCAUUUGUGAAGGCUGCCGUCCGCGACGUGAAGUCCUACAUGACUUCUAAGGGUUACCGUUCCGUUCCUGUCGGUUACUCCACCAACGAUGACUCUGACACCCGUAUCCCCAUGGCCGAGUACUUCAACUGCGGUGAUAACUCCACCUCUGUCGAUUUCUACGGUGUUAACAUCUACGAAUGGUGUGGUGACUCUUCCUACACCGAGUCGGGCUACUCUGAGCGUACCGCCGAGUUUGCCAACUUCUCUGUCCCCUUGUUCAUGUCCGAGUUCGGUUGCAACACUGUCACUCCCCGUCCCUUCACUGAGGUCCAGGCCAUCUACGGUUCUAACAUGACUGGUGUCUGGUCUGGAGGUAUCGUUUACCAGUGGUUCCAGACUGAGAACGACUACGGUCUUGUCUCCAUUGGUUCUGACGGCGCUGCCACCACCUUGACCGACUACAACAACCUCAAGACCCAGCUCGCCAAGGUUUCCCCCACCACUGUCAUGUCCUCUACUUACACCCCCACCAACACUGCUGCUUCCUGCCCUACCACGACUGACUGGGAAGCCGCCGCCUCUCCUCUCCCUCCUACGCCGAACGCGUUGUUGUGUGAGUGCAUGGUCUCCUCCCUCUCCUGCGGUGCCUCCUCUGGUAUCAACGACACCUCCAUCGCUGACCUCUUCGGCUACAUCUGUGGUCUCGGUGACUACUGUGGUGGUAUCACCGCCAACGGAACCUCUGGUUCUUACGGAGCUUACUCCAUGUGUACCUCCGAGCAGCAGUUGUCUUUCGUCAUGAACGCUUACUACCAGGCUCAGGGCUCCUCUGCUCAGGCUUGUGACUUCGGUGGGUUGGCGGCUACUACCUCUUCUGCCUCUGCCACUGGUACUUGCUCCGCUUUGUUGAAGGAGGCCGGUACCGCUGGUACUGGUACAGUUACAGAUUCCCCUGCUUCUGCUACCUCCAGUGGUUCCUCCUCCAAGUCCACCUCUGGCUCCUCCGCCGAGGCUUCCGGCUCUACUUCCUCCGGCGCCGCCCGCGUCAAGCGUCUCGGUGAGUGGAAGGUCGUUGUCGGUGGUUUGGCCGGUGUCUUGGGUGGUGUCGCCGUGGCUCUCAUCUAA